GUAAAACAAAAAAAAAACGACAUAGUUUCGCUAUACAAAACCUUAUUAUAAAAAGUGCUUAUCACAAGCCACUUUGUUUCUCUCCUUUCGCUCACACCCCUUAUCGCCGCGGUUUCGUCAUAAAAGUUCUCAAGGUAAGGCGUUCUUCUGUGGAUAAAAAAAAAGUGGUUCGAAGAUGAAUCAUUGUAACUUUCAGCUGAACGCCUUCGAAGACUCCAGAGGAUUUGCUGAUGCUGUUUCUUCUGUUGUUUGUCCUAAGCCUAGGCGCGUUGGCAUUCUUUCCAGUAACGUUAUUCCUCAGUUUAGAUUAUUACAUUCUUCUAGUCAAUCAGGAGGAGCUGAUGUAUGUGAUUCUGAAGCUGCGGCUGAUCUUUUGGACAUCCUUCGUAGAAAGGAAGAAACAUUAUCUGGUGUAGCUUCAUCACCUCCAUUUUUCUUAGGGUCUCCCCCGAGCAGAGUAUCAAACCCUUUAGCUCAAGAUGCACGAUUUGGAGAUGAAAAACUCAACCCUAUUUCACUCUCACUCUCACCAUUCCUCCCAUCUCCAUCUCGUGUCAAAGGAGGAGGUUGUGGUCGAGUUAAGUUUGGGAUUAAACCUGCAGCUGUUAGAGUAGAAGGAUUCGAUUGCUUAAACAGGGACCGCCAAAGCUCAAGCAUACCUGCCAUGGCUUAG